CAGUUUCAGCCCUACCCAACUUGAGAGAUCUUUGACCCCAGCCAGCCAGAUGACUGACUCCCUUCCCCCACCUCCAGCAUACUUGAAUGGGUACAGGUUGGGCCUGGGGUGGGGUAGGGAAGGUGGAGGGGUUUGGGAGAGACAAAGGUCCACAUAGGGACCUCGGUACCUAACCGAAUAGCGGGGUCAUUUUCCCCAUUAAGUGCCCACUCUUCUCACCCUUUCCAUUUCCUGUCUAACUGGAAUGGGGGUGACUCAGGGGUGUCCCAUAUGCUCCCACACCCCAUGGCUGCCCAGAAGGCAAUAGGUUCACCCUGGCCCGGAGCACCCAGGGAAAUAUUCUCACAGGGGGAGGGGAGCUCUCAGCACUCCCAGCUGGAUGUCAGCAGGGCCCCUCAGGUCAGCAGGGGGCGCUCGAAGGGGUGCUAGUAGUAUGGGCUUUCCUGUUCCUGUUCUGCUCUGUCCCUAGGGAUGGAAGGCAGCCUGAGGCUGGUAGGGGGUGGGGACAUGGCUCGGGGCUGUCCAGGUCCCUGGAUGUCCCACCCAGGCUCCUGCCCUGCCGGCUGGGCCUCCUGCCAGUGGCAGGCUCAGCAGGUCCUAGGGGCGUGGUGGAGCUGCAGAGGCAGAGGUAGCCUCCUGCUGCAGAGGCAGCAGCAGAGAGAACCUGCAGCCAGAAAAGGAACAGGAGAGGCAGCCAAGCUCAGCCUGCCAGAGCUGGAGACCCUCACACCUCAUCCUCAGACAUCAGCCUCUUCCAUGACUUCCUUUCUGUACUAUGCCCUCCCUGCCCUGGGGGGCUAUUCUCUGCUCUCCCUCUUCUUCCUGCGGAGGCCCUGGCUGCUCCAUGUUUCCCGGGACCCUGCCUUCCGCUGCCGACUCGCUGCCCACAGAGGAGGUUCUGGAGAACGACUUGAGAAUACCAUGGAGGCCCUUGAGAACUCCAUGGCCCAACGAUCAGACCUCUUUGAGCUGGAUUGCCAGUUGACCCGGGAUGGCCAAGUUGUUAUUUCCCAUGAUGAGAACCUCUUUCGACAGUCUGGCCUAAACAAGAAUAUUCAGGAUGUGGACUAUGAGCCUGGUUUCCCCAUGAUAUCAAUCCUUUCUCUCCUACACUCCCCCCAGGACCUGCCUCUUUACAGGGAGGAGUUGGAAGUGUACUUUUCCCCAGGCCAGUUUGCACGAGGAUCAGACCGAAAAAUGAUUCGGCUAGAAGAUGUUUUCCAGAGGUUUCCCCAAACACCCAUGUCUUUGGAAGUGAAAGUGGAAGAUGAGAAACUCAUUAAUAAGAUAGCCACUAUUGUCAAGCACUUCGGCAGAAGUGAAAUAACCAUCUGGGCUGCUGAAAAGAACUCUGUCAUGAAGAAAUGCCGUGCAGCUAAUCCGGAAAUGCCCACCUCUUUUACUGUGGUCCGAGUCAUUUGGUUGCUGUUGAUGUACUAUGUGGGACUGUUGCCCUUCUUCUCCAUCCCUGAGAGAUUCCUGCUUUGCUUCCUGCCCACCAUCAUCAACAGGACCUACUUCCCAUUUUCCUGCACUGCUUUGAAUAGAUUGGCAGCAGCCUUAACUAAGAGGCUGAUCAUGAGAAAAAGUCUGAUCAGGCAUCUUGAAGAAAGAGGGAUACAAGUGGUAUUUUGGUGCCUUAAUGAGGAAUCUGAUUUCGAAGUAGCCUAUAAGCUGGGAGCCACAGGGGUCAUGACAGAUUACCCUACUGCCCUUCGACAUUACUUGGACAACCAUCCCCAACAACGUAAAUAGAGCAACUCAGACUCAAGUUAACUGGGUCAAUGAUCUCUACUUUUUUCUUUUUUAAAAUGUUUUGUUUAAAGUUCUUUUAAUACAUCCCUGUCACUUCCCAGUGAUUCUUCUGCACUAGCUCAAUAGAGAUCUCCAUAGUAGUCAAGCAAAAAGUUGAUUUGUAUCAACUGGUUGUCUGUGUCUGAAAAUGUAUGCCUACUUCUGUCCCUUUGGACUUUUACCAUUUCUCUGCUGAGAAACAAGAAAUCUGUUUCAAAAUUGAGUUCCCUUAAGUCACAACUGGACACUACUAUAUUGGUAAGAAUUUUUAAAACCUUUAGUGUUGUCUUCCUUUAUUUUGUGACCACCCUGUAUAUUUAAAUCUAAUUCUGCUGAUUUUGCUCUGCAUCAGAAUUUUCAAGAUCUCCCUUAAAACAAUUCCCUUCAUCAGAACAAUUACUCCCUCACCUAUGCCUUUCAUCUCUAUUCCCCAAUAAAAGUUUUCUUACUGA